AUGGAAGAAGAAGGUGACAAUCUUUAUACAAAAGAUGGGACACUUGACAUUUUCAAAAAGCCAGCUAAUAAGAAGAAGACUGGAAGUUGGAGAGCAUGCAACUUUAUUCUAGGGAAUCAGUGUAUGGAAAGGCUAGCAUAUUAUGGGAUGAGCUCAAGUUUGAUGAACUACUUAGAGACAUCGCUAAACCAAGGGAAUGUGAGUGCAGCCAAUAAUAUCACAAAUUGGAAUGGAACCAGCAAUCUCACGCCCUUGCUUGGUGCCUUUUUAGCUGAUACCUACUUUGGAAAAUACUGGACUAUUGCUGCCUUCUCAAUCGUUAAUGUCCUUGGCAUGACACUGUUAACAAUGUCUGCUUCAAUCAGUGCCCUAAAACCCCCAUGCGACCCCAACACCGGUUACUGCCACCCAACUCCGGCACAAACCACUGUAUGCUUUGUUGCUCUGUACAUGGUGGCACUUGGUUCUGGGGCUACCAGGCCCUGCGUCGCAUCGUUUGGGGCUGAUCAAUUCGACAAAACCGAUCAAAUGGAGAGGAGGAACCAAAAUUCUUUCUUCAAUUGGUUCUACGUGGCACGCAACUUUGGAAUGCUGUUUGGUACUUCUUUAUUGGUAUGGGUUCAAAUGAACAUCGGGCAGAGUUGGGAAUUUGGAUUCCCAGCCUUGGCCAUGGCUAUUGGGGUUGGAUUUUUCUUGCUGGGUAGUCGGAAAUAUCGUCUUCUGGAAUCCCAAGGAGGCUUUCCUACGAAGAUUUUUCAGGUUAUUUUUGCAUCUUUUCGAAAACUCAGUGUUAGGGUUCCUUCUGAUAAUUCUCUUCUAUAUGAGACUAAUGAGGAUGAUCAUGAUGAAGAUUCAUUGUUGGAGGAUCUUCUUGUGAAAGUAACGUUCAAGCUCGAACAUACUGAUGAGUUAAGGUUCUUCGAUAAGGCAGCUAUUGAAAUCCCAAGCGACCGGAGCCUAAAUGGGCAAAGAAACCCAUGGACACUGUGCACAGUUACUCAAGUGGAGGAGCUGAAAUCCAUCAUCAGGCUUCUUCCAAUAUGGGGAUGUGGAAUGGUCUUCGCCAUAGUGGUUAGCCAAAUGAGUGCCAUGUUCAUUCUACAAGGCAAUAAGAUGGACCCUCACAUGACCUCAAACUUCAAAGUUCCAUUGGCAUCGUCUCUCGCCUUCUUCAACGCCCUUGGUGUCAUAGUUGGAACUCUAAUAUACGAUCGACUCGUUGUCCCUUGCGUCAAAAGAUUCACCGGUUGCGAACAAGGCUUCACCCAUCUUCAACGCAUAGGCGUUGGCAUUGCCAUCUCUGUCUUUGCCAUGGCCAGUGCUGGGGUUCUAGAGGUUUUUCGGUUGAAAAUUGUCAAGGACAAGGACUGCUAUGAAGUCGAGUAUGUUCCCAUUUCGAUUUUCUGGCAAGUUCCUCAGUAUUCUCUUAUUGGGUUUGCUGAGGUUUUCACUUUCAUUGGGGAAUAUGCGUUUUUCUAUGAUGAGGCUCCUCAUUCCAUGAGGAGUUUUUGUUCUGCUCUUUUCUUGACAACCAGUGCAGGAGGCAAUUUCUUGAGUACUUUACUUGUGUCCACUGUGACAAAAAUUACCACAAGAAAUGGAAAGCUAGGUUGGAUUCCGGAUAACUUGAAUAGAGGUCAUCUUGAUUAUUUUUUCUGGCUGUUAGCCAUUAUUAGUCUUCUCAACUUCAUUUCUUAUCUCUGGAUUGCCAAACGAUAUACUUAUAAGAAGAUCAUAGGGCAAUGUGAUUGA